GCGCGGCGCCCGGCCAUGCCGAAGGGAGCGCGGCCGGCGGCGGCCAAGCAGGAGGAAUGGCGGGGGGACGGCGAGGGCCCGGACCAGCCGGUGAAGAAGGGCAAGAAGGACCGGCGAGGCAAGAAGUCGUUCUUCGAGGAGCUGGUGGAGGAGGAGAAAGCGGCGCCCGCUGAGCCCCCCCCGGCCCCGGACAAGGAGGCACCGGCCCAGCAGGCUUCCCGGAGGAAAAAGGAGCGGAGGAAAGAGCGGCGGCGGCCGGGGGCGGAGCCAGAGCCCGAGGAGCUGGAGCUGAGCCGGCGCCUGCAGGAGCUGGCGGCUGCUGACAGCGAGGAGGAGGAGGAGGAGGAAGCUCCAGCACCCAGGAAAGGGGGGAGGAGGAGGAAGGGUGGCAAUGUCUUUGCGGCGCUGAAUCAAGAGCAGAGCGAGGAGGAAGAGGAGGAGGAGAAGAGGAAGGAGGAGGCAGCCCCGCGGCCUGGCAAGGGCAAAAGCCAUAAGGAGGAAGAGGAGGGGGAGAAGAAGAGGAAGAGCCGGAAGAACGAGAAGACCAAGAGCAAGCGGCAGGGAAAAGCCCCCAGUGAGGAUGAGGCCGAAGGCUCUGAUGAGGAUACAAAACCCAAAGGCAGGAAGAACAAGUUCACAGCCCUUCGGGAUGAGGAUGAGGAAGAUGAGGCCGAAGAGCCCCAGAAGGGCAACGAACCUCCCGAGGAGGAGGAGGAGGGGAGGAAGGCAGAGCCCGACGCCCGCAUCAGCAAGAAAGAGAAGAAGAAGAUGAAGAAGCAGAUGGAGUACGAGCGCCAGGUCGCCACCAUCAAGGCAGCGGCAGCAGCGGGCGAGGAGGACUUCUCGGUGUCCCAGGCCGAGCUCUCGUCGCGCCAGGCCAUGCUGGAGAACGCCUCCGACAUCAAGCUGGAGAAGUUCAGCAUCUCCGCCCAUGGCAAGGAGCUCUACGUCAACGCCGACCUCUACAUCGUGGCCGGGCGCCGCUAUGGGCUCGUAGGCCCCAAUGGGAAGGGGAAGACGACGCUGCUGAAGCACAUCGCGAACCGGGCGCUGAGCAUCCCCCCCAACAUUGAUGUGCUGCUCUGCGAGCAAGAGGUGGUGGCCGACGACACCCCCGCGGUGCAGGCGGUGCUCAAGGCCGACACCAAACGGCUCCGGCUGCUGGAGGAGGAGAAGCGGCUGCAGGCGCUGCUGGAGCGCGGGGAGGACGCGGCCGCCGAGCGCCUCGAGAAGGUGUAUGAGGAGCUCCGAGCCAUCGGCGCGGCCGCGGCCGAGGCCAAGGCCCGGCGCAUCCUGGCCGGGCUGGGUUUUAACCCCGAGAUGCAGAACAGAGCCACCAGGAAGUUCUCCGGGGGGUGGCGGAUGAGGGUGUCCCUGGCACGUGCCUUGUUCAUGGAGCCCACGCUGCUGAUGCUGGACGAGCCCACCAACCACCUGGACCUCAACGCUGUCAUCUGGCUCAAUAAUUACCUGCAGACCUGGAAGAAGACGCUGCUGGUGGUGUCCCACGAUCAAGGCUUCCUCGAUGAUGUCUGCACCGACAUCAUCCACUUGGAUGCCCAGCGCCUCUUCUACUACCGGGGCAACUACAUGACCUUCAAGAAGAUGUACCAGCAGAAGCAGAAGGAGCUGCUCAAGCAGUUUGAGAAGCAGGAGAAGAAGCUGCGGGACCUCAAAGCCGGGGGCAAGUCCACCAAGCAGGCGGAGAAGCAGACCAAGGAGGCGCUGACGCGGAAGCAGCAGAAGUGCCGGCGCCGGGGGGCGGACGAGGAGGCAGCCGAGGCCCCGGAGCUGCUCAAGAGGCCCCGGGAAUACACCGUGCGCUUCACCUUCCCCAACCCACCCCCUCUGAGCCCCCCCAUCCUCGGCCUCCACGGGGUUGACUUUGGCUACGAGGGGCAGGAGCUGCUGUUCCGCAACCUGGACUUCGGCAUUGACAUGGACUCGAGGGUUUGCAUCGUGGGGCCCAAUGGCGUGGGGAAGAGCACACUGCUGCAGCUGCUGACCGGGCAGCUCACCCCGACACGGGGGCAGAUGCGGAGGAACCAUCGGCUGAAAGUGGGGUUCUUCAACCAGCAAGCGGCCGAGCAGCUGCGCCUGGAGGAGACGGCGGCCGAGUACCUGCAGCGCGGCUUCAACCUCCCGCACCAGGACGCCCGCAAGUGCCUGGGCCGCUUCGGCCUGGAGGGCCACGCACACACGCUGCAGAUCGCCAAGCUGUCCGGCGGGCAGAAGGCGCGCGUGGUGUUCGCGGAGCUGGCGUGCCGCGAGCCGGACGUGCUCAUCCUGGAUGAACCCACCAACAACCUGGACAUCGAGUCCAUUGACGCUUUGGCUGACGCCAUCAAUGACUACAAAGGAGCCGUCAUCGUGGUGAGCCACGACGCGCGGUUGAUCACGGAGACGAGCUGCCAGCUGUGGGUGGUGGAGGAGCAGGGCCUCAGCCAGAUCGACGGCGACUUCGAGGAUUACAAACGGGAGGUGCUGGAGGCCUUGGGGGAGGUCAUGAUCCACCGGCCCCGCGAGUGAGGAUGGGGGGCU